AUGGCGCCUUAUAUCUCUGCAAAGCUUAAGGGUAUUCAUAUUAUAAAUCUUACUAGAACUUCUCGUUUAUUAUCAGAAGCUUGUGAUUUAGUUUUUGAGGCAACAAGUAGGGGAAAACAAUUCUUAAUUAUUGGUACCAAAAAUAAAGCAGCUGAUUUAGUAGAGUGGGCUGCAAUAAGGGCCCGGUGUCAUUAUGUUAAUAAAAAGUGGCUUGGCGGUGUUCAUCGUGAGUCCUUGGGUACUCCUGUAUAUGUGUCCACGCCAGUGAGUGAUUCUCUUUUUGUGGAUCGGAUCAAUCUGCCCUGUGUCAUGACUUUCUGUGGUAUGAGACUAGAGCAGAUAUUCUAUUUCAAUAACGACUUUGAGAUCAUCCUGGGCAUGAACUGGUUAUCACCAUAUCACUCCAUCCUUGAUUGUCAUGCCAAGACUGUGACCUUGGUGAUGCCUGAGCUACUUAGAUUGGAGUGGAAGGGUUCGUUUGUCAGUGUAUCUAGCCGGUUAUCUCUUUUCUGA